GAAAUGGAUCCAGAUAUUAAAAUCAGACCAACACAGAUCCAGAUAUGGAUAUCACAGACAUAAGACAUGGAAACUCUUUAAAACAUAUAGCAUGUGGAAAGGAAUAUAGAAGACAACAAAGGGAGGAAUUUAAGCCUAUGUAACGCACACUUCUGCCAUGAAGUCUUGUUGUCUCUGAUGCAGGUAUGAUGCGUCCUUCAUGAACUUCGUCGUGUGUCAAUGUUACAAGCCCAAAUAAUUUAGGCUUACCCGUCUCCAUGAAACAUGGAUUUAACUUUUAAGCUUUUCUUAGGCUGGAAACUCCUUAAAAAAUAGGAUAUGGAAAUGACAGUAGAAUAUAGAAAACAAUAAAAAGAGGAAUUUAAGCUUAUGUAAGACAGACAGCCAGACACGUCUACAAUGAAGCUUUGCCGGAUCUGAUACAAGUACGACACGCCCUUCUCAAAAUUUGUCGCCUGUAGACUCAACGUAUCAUACCCAAAUAACUUUUACAUGUCUCAGUCUCCACGAAACUUUGGUUUAAGCUUUUCUUAUCAAAAUGGGCUUUUUUUAUCAAAAUGGUUAGAACCAAAUACAAUGAACAACCAUGCAAAGGUGAAGCAGCAUCAACCAUAGUACUGCAAUAGUGACACUCGAGGUGCAUAGUUCUAUCAAAACUCGCAUACUACUACUAGUUCGCCGUAUUAAUAUUAAUGCUCAAAACUCAAAACCCCACAUGUCGUAUAAUCGAAAUUACAAACCCUAAACCCUAACAUACUAAUCCUUCCACUUCACAACUACAGAUCGUGUCAGGGACGGAAUCUGGAACCUGUCAAUAGAGCUGAAGAACAUGGACUGAUACAGAGAUUUUGGACUGAUACGCAAAGCUGGGGUCUAACUUGCAAAGACUUUGAACUACAUAGGCUGUCUUGCAAACAGUUAACUGAUUCUGUUUUUUCUGUUUAAACUGUUUGUGCACAUUUGUUUUGGAAGCUUUGAAGUUGAGUUGUAUAAAUAGAAGAUUGUAAGGAUCAAACACGGAUCAUGAAAGAAAUGAAAUAGAAUCUGUUCUUCUUCUCAAACUCAACUCCUGUUCCCUUUCUCUCUUUCUCUCUCAAUCUUUAAUUCUUGUCUAAAUUUCUCUCAAUUUCCUUCUCUAUUUUCUCUCAAAUUUCACCACAGGCACAACCAUGGCUGUGAAUGGGCUCAGGAAGAUGAGCAGGGGUUUCGGAACCUCACAAUUGGUAUCAGAGCAAAGCUUAUUCGAUCAACACUGGGCGGAGAUGUUUUCUCAGCUGGAAGAGAAUGCAAAACUUCUCCAAGAACUCAGGAACUCCACGGAUCUAGGCCAAGGAAUUUGGGGUUCAGGGACGAAGAACGAUCGGCGAUUCUUGAGCUCAGAAUCAAGAAGCGAAUCAAGAAAACCCAUGUUUGAUUUCACUGAAAGCAACCAUCAAUCUCAGAGGAAGUAUGUUGGUGUUCCUGUAAGCAGCUCAACGUGCUUCCACUCUAACCCUAAUUUCCCCAAAUCGCCAAAUCCAACAAAGAAACCCUUUUCCCGCGAAACCCAUCUCCAAUCUUUCCCAGUCUCUCCAAAUUCAACUCAGAUAUCUUCUUCCAAGAAAACCCAACAAAGGUGUUCGACGAAAUGCCUCAGUGAGACAUUGAGAUCCACCAAGAAUCUGCAGGGGUCUUUGAGGCGCUCGUGGAGGUACUGGAAUCGAUCGCCUAAAGUAGACGCUUAUCUCUCUCCAACAUCUGAUGCAAGGAAGAAGAAGACGAAGAAGCCGCAAUCUUCUCGUCUCCACCGAUCUCCAACAUCUGAUGCAAUGAAGAAGAAGAUGAAGAAGCCGCAGUCUUCUCGUCUCCAUCGAAAGUCAAAGCUCAAGAAUCAGCCAUGGUCAAUCUCAAGCAAGAGAAAGCCAAAGCUCAAGAACCCGCCAUGGCCAAUCUUAAGCAAGAAGAAGAAAAAACCCAACAAGAAAUUGCCAUUUUCGAACGGUUACGGCUUCUCCUCAGCUCUCAUCCUCAAGUUUCCACCUAAUUUUGUUCGCCAGCUCAGCAACAAGGCUCGUCGGAACUACGGCAACAUUGGAAUUGCUCAGGUUGUCGCGUCCUCUUGGGCCAACUCGUCUUCUGCCGAUGAGGAAUUGCAAAAGGUUGUGGAAUGUGAGUAUGUUGUUCGUGGAGAGAUCGUUAUCAAUGCCCAGCGCCUUCAAGAAGAGCUACAAAAGAAACCAGGUAGCCAUCCCCUUGUUGAGAUACUUAAUUGUAACAUUGGGAAUCCACAGUCUCUAGACCAGCAGCCAGUUACUUUUUUCCGAGAGGUUCUUGCUUUGUGUGAUUAUCCAACAAUUUUGGACAGAGAUGAAACUCAUGCCUUAUUUAGUGUGGAUUCCAUAGCAAGAGCUUGGCAGAUCCUAGACCAGAUUCCUGGUCGAGCUACAGGUGCAUACAGUCACAGCCAGGGUAUCAAAGGAUUACAUGAUGCAAUUGCAGCUGGAAUUGCUGCUCGUAAUGGUUAUCCUUGCAAAGCAGAAGAUAUAUUCUCAACCGAUGGAGCGAGCCCUGCUGUCCACAUGAUGAUGCAAUUACUGUCGAGGUCAGAGAAAGAUGGCAUCCUCUGCCCCAUCCCUCAAUAUCCUUUAUACUCUGCUUCGAUUGCUCUUCAUGGCGGCCAUUUUGUCCGAUAUUACCUCAUUGAAGAAACAGGGUGGGGACUGGAGAUUUCUGAGUUUAAGAAGCAAGUGGAAGAUGCUCGAUCAAAGGGUAUAACUGUUAGGGCACUUGUAGUCAUAAAUCCCAGGAAUCCAACCGGGCAGGUUCUUGCAGAAGAAAACCAGCGACAAAUAGUGGAAUUCUGCAAAAAAGAAGGUCUUGUUCUCCUAGAAGAUGGGGUCUACCAAGAAAAUAUCUAUGUUGCACACAAGAAAUUUAAUUCCUUAAAGAAGAUUGCACGAUCAAUGGGAUACGAAGACCAGGAUAUUUCUUUAGUACCAUUUCAGUCAGUUUCUAAGGGUUGUGAUGGAGAACGUGGAAAGAAAGGUAGCUAUAUGGAGGUUACCGUUUUUAGCACUGAAGUGAGAGAACAGAUUUAUAAGGUGGCAUCAGUAAAUCUUUGCUCAAAUAUAUCUGGUCAAAUUCUGGCAAGCCUCGUCAUGAAUCCACCUAAGGAAGGAGACGAAUCCUAUGAGUCUUAUGUUGCAGAGAGAUAUGGAUGCUGUCUGAAGACGAAUUCAAUAAACACUUUUGCGUACUGGUUUAAGAACUGUGAUGAGCUGAUUGAUUUCAAGGAGGGUGGGCAUACAAGCUUUGAGUAUGGGCGAUAUGGGAACCCAAUUACCAAGGUAUUGGAGAGGAAGAUGAGUGAAUUAGAGAGGGCAGAAACUACUUUGUUUGUGUCCUCUGGCAUGUAUGUCAGUUGUGCGGUGCUCUCAGCCCUGGUUCCUACAGGUGGCCAUAUCGUUACAACCACUGGUUGCUAUAGGAAGACAAGGAUGUUAAUUGAGAAUGAGCUUCCAAAGAGGGGAAUUAAGGCUGUCGUUAUUGCUCCUGCUGAUAUGGGCUCUCUUAAAAGAGCACUGUGCUCUUUUCUUUACGGAGUCCCCAAUUAAGGUUAAAAAGUUACCUACAUUUGACCUUGGGACAAGGUCCAAAUUAAGGGGAGGGAAUUGUCAGGGACGGAAUCUGGAACCUGUCAAUAGAGCUGAAGAACAUGGACUGAUACAGAGAUUUUGGACUGAUACGCAAAGCUGGGGUCUAACUUGCAAAGACUUUGAACUACAUAGGCUGUCUUGCAAACAGUUAACUGAUUCUGUUUUUUCUGUUUAAACUGUUUGUGCACAUUUGUUUUGGAAGCUUUGAAGUUGAGUUGUAUAAAUAGAAGAUUGUAAGGAUCAAACACGGAUCAUGAAAGAAAUGAAAUAGAAUCUGUUCUUCUUCUCAAACUCAACUCCUGUUCCCUUUCUCUCUUUCUCUCUCAAUCUUUAAUUCUUGUCUAAAUUUCUCUCAAUUUCCUUCUCUAUUUUCUCUCAAAUUUCACCACAGGCACAACCAUGGCUGUGAAUGGGCUCAGGAAGAUGAGCAGGGGUUUCGGAACCUCACAGAUCGACUCCGCACCGAAAUGAUCAAAAGCUGAAGGGGAGUUCACUUUGCAAAGUUGAAUCUUUUGAAAACGAUUCGAAACGAUUCGAUCUUCUGAAAACGAAAGGAAAAAAAUAAUAGAUCAAGCGCUUU